AUGGGUUACUUUAAUGCGAAAGUAGGCCCCAACAACACCGGAUUAAGAUCUGUCAUGGGCCAACAUGGAACUGGGACUCGCAAUGACAACGGAGAGAGAUUAGUGGAACUCUGCCAGCAAUUUCAACUGGUCAUUGGCGGCACAAUAUUCCCACACAAAGAUGUCCACAAAUACUCCUGGACAUCUCUUAGUGGUAACACGCGCAACCAGAUCGACCACAUUUGCAUUAGCAGGAAAUGGAGACACUCACUACUGGACGUUCGGAACAAAAAGGGAGAAUCUAUAGACAGUGAUCAUGAAGCUGUGAAAAGAGCGGCCAGAAAUGACAAACGAGCGCUACUGGAUAGACUUGCGACAGACGCAGAACGAGCAGCCGGCGAGAACAACAUGCGCUCGUUAUACCAGCAGAUUGCACGGAUUGCCGGAACCCACCAGCCAGUCAGAGACCUAGAAAGCAACCUCUUAUCCAAUGAUGAUGCAGAGAUCCGGAGGUGGCGCCAACACUUCAUGGGAAUUAGCCACACCACAUCACCAAACGUGGCUACGGACUAUAGAAGCAUUGCGCCACCAAGUGGGAAUACUAGGAUACCCUCUGCACCCCCGCAUGUAAGAGAGAUUGUGAAUGCAAUAAAGAAGCUAAAGCGCAACAGGGCACCCGGCGGGGACAACUUCCAGCCGAACUGCUUCAAGUUGACACUCAGCUGA